AUCCACCCUAUAAUAACGUUUCUUGUUGGUAUUUGACGAUCAUAACAAACAUGGCUGCAACCCAGAAGAAAAUCGAAGAGGCUCUUGCUCAUAUUCGAGAAGCUGAAAAGAGCCUCAAGACAAGCUUACUGAAAUGGAAACCUGACUAUGAUAUAGCUGCAGAUGAAUAUAAUGCUGCAGCAACAUGCUACAAAACAGCAAAGCAGUAUGCACAAUGUCGAGAGUGUCUGAUGAAGGCCGUGGAAAAUUACAAGCUCAACAGAUCAUUCUUUUCUGCAGGCAAAUGUUUGGAUCAAGUUGCAUUGGUUAGUAAGGAGAUGGGAGACAUGGAAACAAUUUUCAAAGUAUGUGAAAGAGCAGCUUGUAUGUAUCAAGAGCAUGGGACACCUGACACUGCAGCUUUAUCUCUUGACAAGGGUGCUAAGAUAAUUGAAAGUCAUCUGCCAGAGAAGGCACUUCACAUGUAUGAGCAUGCUGUUGACAUCGUUAUGACGGAGGAUAGACCCAGGCAGGCAGCAGAAUUCCAGUCCAAAGUGUCAAGGAUCAAUCUUAAACUUCAGAAAUAUGAUGCCACUACUGAUUCCCUCAGACGAGAGAUUAGUUACCACCAGGCUGGAGAGAAUAUGCCUGCCAUUGGCCGACUGACCGUAGCACUCGUUUUGGUGCAGCUAGCCAGAGGAGAUCCAGUAGCUGCAGAAAAAGCAUACCGUGAAUGGGGAUCUACCUGUGAAGUAGAAGAAGUUCAGACAUUGGAGAUGCUAAUUCAAGCUUUUGACGAAGAGGAUGGAGACAUGGCCCGCAAAGCUCUCAACUCCCCUUUCAUCAAACACAUGGAUGUAGAAUAUGCUAAGCUUGCAAGGAGUUUACCAGUACCAAAGAGUAGCCAGGAGAAAAAACCUGGUGUAACAGAUACAUACCCCCCGUACACUUCUAGCUCAGGAGGUGAAGUCGAUUCUGUCACAAGGGGUGUAGCUGAUGCUUCAAUAUCACAGGGUGAUGAUGAGGAAUUGGAUCUGUGUUGAGCACCAGCAGAUGAUGGAAGUAGGUGUCCUACGUAGUUGCAGCUGGAGAUAUACCCUGCAGUAGUAAAGAGGAGAGAGAAAUCUGCAUAAGGUUGUGUGUUGUAGAGCCUACCUGGUUGGAGUGAGCUCAUUGCUUGCACUUAGAACUGCCCGCAUGGCAGGAUACCAUAAAUCAAGAAGGCCUGUUUCCAAGCCCAUUAGCUUGGCUGCUGCCUAGGAAUGUUACCACAGCACCUCUUGAUACAUUGGAUUUGGUUGUACCAGCCUUUUCUGAUAUCUGCAUUAAAAAAGCUUUGAUGCAGUAGUGCUAAAUAUGUUUUUAUUAGCAUUACUCCUCUGAUUUUUAAUGUUGAGCAGUAAGAUGUCAAGUAUUUUUUGCUAUAGCAUGGCCUGCAGCAGUGUUCCAGGAUUGGUGAAAGAAAUUAAAUGCAAAAAAGAAAAUCUGGACAUUGUAAGGGGAUAAUUUGAUCAUUCAAGCAUAGCUAUAUUGAUUGAAUAAUAGUGAUGUUUAGUCUUUUUGUAUAUUUAUGUUGUUUAUAGUUUUAAUUAUUCAUUAAGCACAGGUACAGAUGAUAACACCCAGGAGGUUUUAAAAAAUACUUAUUUUAUAGUAUUCAUUGCACCAGGAGCCAUAAUUAUGUAGAUAGGCUGGGUAGGAUGUCUUCUGUAAUUCUUGUUGAAGCCUUUGUUAUAUACUAAUGCCAAAGUUGAAUAGUACAGUAAUUACUUGAUUUUUUAUUUUUUCCAUUAAGAAAGUAAACUUUCCCAACGAUAAACAUUGUUGAAAGAACAUUCUUGAUUGUACUGAAAAGAAGAGUAUAAUUGAAAUUAUUCCAUUAGUUCUAGAAAAAUCUUUUAUUUGUGACUUUAUUUUUUCAAGGUGAUAAGACAUUGGGUGUUAUUUGUGUCCUUUUGGAUACUGCUAUUUUGUAAUUAUUGUUAUUGUUUUCUCAAUAUUUAUAUUAAUAGAGUUGUUAUGUGUAAUUUCAAUAUUUAAUGAUAUGCUCAGAGGCUAUGGUGAAGGUACUAGAUUUUCCAAUUGAUUUGCAGAUAGUAGUGUAAAAAGAUAGAUCAUUACUUUGGUAGGCAUGAAAUUGGUUAAUAUAUAACCUGGACCACUACAUCACUGUGCCACCUUUGGUAGCUUUGUGCAUACACUUCAUGUUGACAUUUGAAGAGUGAAUGUAAUGGCUGUAUAAUGUGCAAAAUAUAUAGACAAAAACUGACAGUUUUCGCUUGAAAGAUUUUAUGUGGAAAGGUGAUAUAAAUUUUAGUUUAGUUUUUUAUAUCACUUGUUUUGUUUUGAAGUUUUGAACUAUUUAGUAUCUUAAAUAGUAGUAAUAAAAAUUCUUGCUCAUUUUGGCACAAUAAUAUUUUCAUUACAAGAUGUACCUUCAUCAGUGUUAGUUUUGAUAUUUUAGCAGAUAUUGUACAUUGGGAUGGAAACUUUCUACAUGAAAUUCUCCAAUUUAGAUUUAACUAGUAUUUAAAUUGAUUGAAUAUUUUCUUCUAGGCAUGAUGAAUGAAGGGUAUAUGUAAUCUAGAGAAUAAAUCUGGAAUAUGGCAAACCAAGAGAAAUGUCAAUUAAAAAUCAGUUAAUAGUGGCAUUAACCUGUUUAAUUCAUGUGAUUUUUUAAUUACACAUACAAAUGAUUCGAAAUUAUUGGUUGAAAUUUUUACCAUUCUUUGAGUGUUGGUGCAAGUUAAUAAAAUGUGGCUAUAUGAAAAAUAGUUACAUGUGUUAUUUUAUAUUUUUGUUUGAAAUGUGAUCUAGAUUACCAGUUGGCACAGUGCUGUAUUGUGUAAAAGGGGUAUUGAAGUUAUACUAAAAAUAGAACAAUUUCUUUUAAACAUGUUUUUGAAAAGAUCAUUACUAGAGUUAAAAUUGGGAACAACCAAUUCUCACAGCAUCACAGUAUGUAUAUUGCCUAUGAGCAUUUGUAAUGCAAAAUCAUUGAGGUUGUAUGUUCUUUGAUUUGGCAAGAAAACUACCUGCAUUGAAGGAAUCUUAUUCGAAUCAUUUAUCACUUCUCCAAAUGUUAUUCAAAAGUUUUUUCUGAAAAAAAUGCUAGUAAACUAUUAACUCUUUUAUGUCUGGAAGGCCAUACCUGUCAUAUUAGUAUAACCCUUAACAGUCUCCCCUUAGUGCAUGAAAAAGGCAUAUCUGUUCCUACAGACUUACAAACCUAGGUUGCUGAAACUUUGUAACUAGUUAAUAGGUGGAGAUGGUGGGUGGAGUUGGGUAGUACCUCUCUCAUUCAUUAACUUUCACACUGGCUUGUCCUCUGGCCACAGUAGUAUACAGACAUGCUGUGUCUUGGAUGAGUAUUUGCUCAUUGUUCUUUGUGCGUCUUUUGCUCCAUUUAUUGUCGCCUUGGCAAAUUACCCUCAUACCAAUUGUGUGCUGCCUGCAGAGGAAAACAAUGUACUAGGGCUUCUCCUUGCAGAAAAUAUGCUGCUUGGGAUUUGCCCUGAUUGGUUAGGUUUGGGAAUAGAGGAAGAAGUAUUGGAGGCAUUUGCCAGCUAUGAAAAACUUCUUCAAAUGCUUUAAGUUCCUUGAUUCCUCUAUCUCCCAUUAUUCUUCUACCUCCUUUGUAUCUGCGAGUGGUACCCUUUCGUAGGAGAAUUGCAUUAGACCUUUUAAACCUGAUCUUCAGGUGGUGAUUGUUCUAACUCUAACAGAGCUGUUAGUGUCACAGCACUAACUUGUGUAGACUUCAAGGCUGCUUCUGCCUCAUCUUAGCAUGAACUUCUGGGCUCACACUAGGAUGAAUCUGUGCAAUCUUUGUUUUGUCCAACCAUGGUCAGGUGGUUGGAAAAGAUAAAUUUUCUCCUUGUCUCUCCAAGGAGCUGCAUAGAGAAGGGGUCUUGGGGUCUUGCAACUCUCUUGCUUGUCUACGGAUCAAGUUCAUCAUCAUCAUGGGGUCGGGUGGUUCUCUGUUAACAUGGACUCAUCAGUUUGUCAGCUGACAAAUAACUUUCCUGUGGUUAGACUAUGUCAUGGGGACGUGUUGUUCUCCACUGCAGAAGCUACUGCCGUGAAGUCAAUGUCUAUGAUGUCUCUUCAGACAGUAUCGUGACUUAACCUUCGGUUGAAUGCACUAAAGGAAUUUGCUGAGUCAGAAAUCUCAUCUUGAAGCAAAAGGUAUUGUUUCAGUAGUUGUUGGUGUCAAAGGUAGGAACCUGACCUUCACAGAGGGAGACUUCAUGCUUUGAUAGAUUUGAAGGAUGUGUACUUGCAAGUACCCAUUCACUAGAGCUCUUGGAAACAACUCUGCUUGUUUGUGAUGGAACUCUACCAGUUGAGAUGUUAUGCUUAAGUCUGGCUAAGCCUCUUCAGGUGCUGAACAGGGAGUUCACCUUAGACUUGGGUCAACUUGAGGGGUAUUUGUUGCUGUACCUGGAUGAUUGGUUAGUCCUGGCAUCUUCAGAGACAUGGCUCCUCCACAACAGAGAUCACCUUCCCACUUUUUGUCACAAGUUGGGGAUUUUGAUCAACUGGAAGAUAUCUAAUCUCAUUCCUAAGCAGCAGACAAAGUACCUAGGCAAAUUCAUGGAUUACGCAGGGAAGUAAGUAUACCCAGCAGACUCAAAUGAGCAAGCUCAGGGAGGUAGUGACGCAGUUCUUGUUCCAAUAGGAACAACCAGCUUGGUUUGGGCAGAGAGCCCUAGGUCAUCUGUUCUCUCUGGAGAACCUUGUGCCUCACAGGUAGGUAUGGUUACCUUGGGUUGCUUUAGUGGCAACUGAAGCAGCUCUGCAGUACCUUCAGGAACCUCUUUCCUGACUCGUUCCUCUGGAUUGGGAGAUAAAGGAGGAUAUGGCCUGAUUGACAGACGGCAGAAACCUUUUAAAGGGCGUUCCUUUUAACUUAUACCUCCAUAAAUGCUUCAGUUUUCAGAUGCAUUACAGGGGGCUUACAACUGAGGGGAAACUUUGUUUCAGGUGUGUGGCCAUAGGAUUCUCUUUUAUCUACACAUCAAUGUUCUGGAGAUGAAGGCAGUUUAAGUAGUAGUAAUGCAAGCAUUUUAAGAGGGGUAGAGAUGUUGCUCGGUAGGGUGAGCGAGACAACAUGACUGUAGUAGCCAACACCAACAAAAGGGAGAACAUUCCUUCAGACUGUCUGUUGGUGUUGCAAACCAGCUAUCGAGUUGAUGGCCAGAUACAUUCCAGUAGAUGGACUGUUAUUGCACAUCAACUCAUCAGAGCCAGUUUGCAGGGAAAGAAAGGUCUGUUCCUCGAGUGGUUAUCCAGCAUCUCUUGUCUUGUUCAUCCACCUUUGCCAUGAUAAAGAGGCUAUACCUCUCCAUUUUGGUGGGUUGCUAUACUAAAAGAGAAUGUUUAACCCAGAAAAAGAAAAAAUGCUGGUUUGGCCAGUUCACACUGUUAAUUACUACACAUAUUUGAAAAGAUCCCACUUCCAGUGGCCAGAGUGUAGAAGGCUUUUCAGUAAUACAUGUUGGCAUAAUCAGGUGUCUUCUAGGAACACCAUUUCUUCCUGGUUCCAUGAAGUGAUCAUAUGGGCCUCCCUUGAAGUGAGAGCUCACGCUGUCAAGGGUAUAGGUUUGUCCCUAGUUUUCCAGAAGGAACGUUCAUUUUUCUGUUAAUGAGGGCAGAUGUUUAAGCAUUGCCAGACUACCUUUACCUCAUUCUACCUGAGUGAUGUCUCCCGCAAGUCCAUACACACCUCCUUGGAACCUAUAUUGGUUACCAACCAAGUAGUGUAGGCACCCAAGUACCUAAAGCCUGGAGUGAGUCUGUAGGUGUGCAUGUGGAAUGGCUUUUUUCCCUUUCAUUCUUUUCCUUCUUGAAACAGCAUCCAGGCCAAAGUACAAGCUGUUGGCAGACAUGAUACAGGUGAGUACUUUAGAUAUCCUGCGUUAGUCCUUUUGACUGGGAGGCAUCACCAGCAUCCUCUCUUUUAGCAUGGGGGAGGGGAGACAUGGUAGAGUUGAGUCAUGAACCCACUACUUCAUAUUACCCAGAACUAAACUGCCCUCAAACAUGAAUUCUCUUUCAGAUGUCAUGCUUCUCCGAAAUUGUCUACACAAGUACCCUUUCAUAUAGCAGGGUACUUGGGCCCUGGGCCCUACUACUCUAGAAUGCCAAUCAUUACACAGACCAGUAAGAAAUGACAUUAGUCACAACAGCAACCAGGAAAAUGGUAAUUUUAUGGUGGUUCUCAACUGCAGUCAGUUGCGGGGUUUGACCUUCAUCCAAAGGAAUAAAUCUCUCAUAUACGUAAAUGGUAAAUGCUUUGAAUUUUUGUAGAAAAAAAUUUUAAAAGUAACUUGCAUUUAUCCUAUUCACACAAACUAGAACCUUUUAUAUAUUUUAAUCCCACUUCAACUUCCCUGCUUAGUCCCUGCAAACAAAGGAAAAGGGAGUGUGACUGUUUGCGAGUGAGGGAUACUCCCAACUCGGCCCCCAUCUCCAUGCACUAUUGCCUACCUUGUUAAAAAAAUUUUCAACUGUCAAUUCCAGCUGUUGCUAAAAGAUACUUCUAUAUAAAAAUCCCUGGUUUAUAUACCUCAGAAAAAUACAAAUUAAAUUUGUAUAAUUUUGCUAUCAGAAACAAGCAAAAAAAAAAACUAUAUAUUAAUAUUAUUAAAACAAACCCUAAUGCUUUUAUGGUUAUAAGUUUCACAUUUUAAUGAAUUUUUAUUUUUUAUAAUUUUAUUAUCAACAGCACAUAGAAAAAUUUUGAAUGUAAGCACAGUUAAUCGGAGUACAAUACAUUAGCUAGAAUUCCCUAAAAUGCUAUAAAAGUAAGAUUAAGUAGUUAUUGCACAUGUAAUUUUUUCCAUCCUAUAUAUAUUUUAUGCACAUGUUCUGAUAAAAGAAAAGUACUAAGUAAAAGUGUAAGAAUUGACAUAAUUAUGAAGAUUAUGAUAACAAUGCACUGUUCUCUAUCAUUUGUGAAUUCAUUCUUCAGGCCAGCAAGCUUUGUUUGAAUGUCUGUGGCCUGUUUAUAUUACAUUAUUUUCAAGAGCUGAAGAGUAUCUCUGUGGUUAUAAUAUGAGAUUCAAUUUUCUAAAUGGUCCACAAUAAUACAAAGUGUUAAGAGUCCGUGUUUAAUUUUUGAGACUUUACAAAAAGCUUUCAAACGCUUCCCUGGGUUCACCUUCAGUCCAAAUGAACAAUUAGUUACAACAUGUACAGAGGUAAAUUCAAAAACGAGUCGUUGAAGAUCGUUGACACCGGUCAUAAGCUCGUUAAUGGGCCAGGUGAUGAAGAAAGAGGGCAGUUAACUCCAACUAGGUGAUUUUCAGAGGGAUUGAUAGGGGAGAGGAAAUCACCUAAUUAGAGUUAACUACCCUCUUUCUUCAUCACCUGGCUCAUUAACAAGCUAACGACCGGUGUCAACGAUCUUCAACAACUCGUUUUUAAAUUUACCUCUGUACAUGUAACUAAUUGUUCAUUGAGAGGAAAUCACCUAGUUGGAGUUAACUGCCCUCUUUCUUCAUCACCUGGCCCAUUAACGAGCUAACGACCGGUGUCAUCGAUCUUCAACAACUUUUUUUUUUAAAUUUACCUCUGUACAUGUUAUAACUAAUUGUUCAUUUGAACUGAAAAUGAACCCAGGGAAGGGUUCGAAAGCUUUUGUAAACUCUUAAAAUUAUACAUAGACUCUUAACACUUGUAUUAUUGUGGACCCUUUAAAACAUUAUAUAUAAUCUUGUGAUAGAGGUUUUCCCUACUGAGAUCCAAUCUUAUUUGGUAACAAACAAUAAUGUAAACUAUGAAAACUAGUAGUAUAAAGUGGUGUAUAUGUUGCUGUAUAAAUCCUCAAAUUAAAAUAAGUUAUUUUUUCCUUUUAUAUUCUAGUAAAACUUAAGACAUUGUUCAACAUGCAUUUAGUUACUGUUUUCCAGGAUUUUUUGUCUAUACAGGAGUAAUAUGCCUGUUGUACUCAUUUUCAGUCUCUGAUUUUGAGUACAUGCACUGAUACGAUGUGAGACCAGAGUUAGUUGGCUGUAUAUGAAGGCCUGUUCUUGACUUAUGAAAUAGGAUGGUGGGUCAGAGUUGUUGGAAAUACUGGCAGGAUAUAUGCAAGACUUGAUUGUGAUGUCAAUUACCUGCUGAGGUAGAUAUGGAAAUGGUAGGUAUUUGUUAGUACGAGACUGUGAGGGUGCAGGCAAUGAUGAUAAGCUGUCAUAGAUUAUAGUAGCAUAUCAUUCCUGAAGAUUCUUGGCCUUUGGAAGAUUUUAUGGCCAUAUCUGGUUUAUUAUAGAUUUAAAAUGACGAUGACGCUUACAUUGAACUUUUAGGUGUUUAAUGUUUAAAAAGUCCUUAUAUCACAUCUUAACUUCCACAGAGUGCAUUUCUUUCAAUGCAUCCUUUGUAUAGUGUGCAUUUAUUGUUGAUGAUUUAUGUGCUGACAUUGUUAUACUGUAAGAUGCAAAUGAUUGUUUAUGAACAUAUUUCUUUCCAAGCAAGGAAUGAUAAUCUUUGUGCUGUGCAUCAUGUUAUUCUUUAUUAAACCUCUUUUUUUAAUGUGAGAUUUCUCAUCUUACCAUGUAGCUCAGUCAGUGUUUUGUCUGUAGUGCAUAAUAGGACAGGGAGUGGAAUUAAAUGAGGGUUUCAGAUUUUAGAAUGAGUCGCAAUCCAUUUACUAAAGUUCACAGCUUUUUUUUUAACUAUGGGAGGCAGACGUGUGAAACAACAUUGUUCGUCUAAUAUUAUUCAGUACUAUUAUGUACUGUGUAAUGCAAAUAUUUAAUUUUUUUUUAGUUCCACAUACCAGGAGUACCAUUUCCAAUAAAAGCCUCGUACGAAUGUAAAAAGUGUCAUUUAAUUUUAAGCUCAAAAUUAUUUUUUUUUUAUAUAGGUACUUGUGUACCAGCUGCUCAUACAGUACUUAAUUUCAGUAUAGCACAUACAUUAUGAUUAAUCUUUAAUCUUCACCAUUCUCCUCAUUUGGUCACAAAAGUUAACGUGAAGCUUGAAUGUAGCCAUAGUGAAACAACCUAAUUACGUAGUUCAAUUUACUCUAGUGAAGAUCUUUUUUCUAAACCAUGAGCCAAGUUGUAUCCGUAUACUUUAGUAUAGCUUCUAUUAUUUAACUGAGAAUCUAAUCAUUAUAUCAAUGAUAUAGUGUAUAUUUGAUACAAGUGAUGCUUCUGUUUGGAUAUAUUUAAACAAAAAAUGAAGAAUUUUUGUCCUUUCAUGUGGACAUUUUAAUGGUAAUGUUAAGUUAAUCACAUAUUGAUCACUGCAUAUGUGGCUAUCAGAGAAGCCAUUUAAUAUUUGACCGCAUUUUUUUCGCUAGACUUUCAAUGUAUGUCAACACUGUCAUACAUGUUAGAGCAUCAUUCAGUAAAGACACUACAGAAUAGUUUAAAUAUAAUUUUGAGAGAAGAUCCCCUAAGUAAGUUGAUAUUUUCUAUUAACAAUAAGUUGUUUCUGGCCAGAGUUUUAUUACAAGUAUAAUCAUAGUUAAGAAGAAAGUAUUUUCACCACUGGAAAUUGAUGUUUAAAAGUUAUUGUAGCACUUGUUCACACAAGGCAGGUUUAGGACAUUCCUACUAUUGGGAAUCCCCAAGAAUUGGUGGCAUCCUCAGUGUUGUAAGAGUGGCAAAAUAUCAAACUGAAAUAAGAGAAGUUAAUUUGAAAAAGAUUAAGGUUGUAAAAUGUCUUAAAAAUAUUUAUCAGUCAAUGUGUUUGUGAAAUAUGCAUGUACAGUCGUCAUUACUUUCAGCAUUUAGUGGCUUUCAGUGCACCAAGUCCCUAUGACGUCGUAUUUAAAGGAUUAUAUUACCUUCAACAAUAUUUAGUGUUAGCAAGAAGUAAACAAUAAAGUAUUGGAGAGUUUUCACUUCUUCGUGGGUGUGGAUUUGGCAGAAAUAAUUUCUGUUGUCCUUCAUAUUGAUGUCAUUUAUGCUGACAUGAUAGUACUACGUAUAUCUUUUACGUCAUAUAUUUUCUUUUGAUCUCGUGAUAGAAUAAAUUUAUUAGCAAGGUUCAUGAAUUUAUUUUAACCAAAAUUUCAUGUUUUUACAUCAUUAUACAAUUGCAUUUGGGUUGGGACCAUUUUUCAUAGAUUUCAUUGACUUAGAAUCAUUAGCUUAAUCUACAGCCACCUCGCAUAUUGUUAAAAUACCAUUUCAAGUGAUUGCGUUUGUUAUUCUUGUGACAUAGAAGCAUUUUUUCUGCUGUAAACUUUAAAUACAUACAUAAAUGAGUAACAUCGAAGGUUAUAAUAAGAACUUAUUAUUUGGAUUUACUUCAGUAUGAAAGUGACCUGAUUAAAAGUACUUUACAUUGUUCCUGUAGAAGGGCAUUACUUGUGAUUUGUUUUGCUAGUUCUUUAAGUUUCCUCUCUUUUUAUAUAUAUUUAUCAAAAUCUACAAAGCAUUGUAAUUUUACUUAAGAGCUACAGCUUACUAAUAUAACCCAUGCUUUGUUUGAAAUUAAUAUGCGAGCAUUAAUGUUAUGAGAUUAGCUCUGUCCAAAUAAAGAGAAGUGUAUAGUAUUAAGGUUUUAUCAAAUAAAUUAUCUGGGUUU